ACGCUGCGUCGCGAACGCUGGCGGCCGCACCUGGCUCCGCGGCGGCCCGGGUGCGAGCGCCGAGCAGCGCAGCCCAGCCGGAGCGAGCACGGAGCCGGCGCCAGCAGCCCCGGCAGCGCCAUGGUGGAGGCGGCGCCCCCCGGGCCCGGGCCGCUGCGGAGGACCUUCCUAGUCCCCGAGAUCAAGUCGCUGGACCAAUACGAUUUCUCGCGGGCUAAGGCUGCGGCCAGCCUGGCGUGGGUGCUGCGGGCCGCGUUCGGGGGCGCAGAGCACGUGCCCUCGGAGCUAUGGGAGCCCUUCUACACCGACCAGUAUGCGCAGGAGCACGUGAAGCCCCCGGUGACCCGGUUGCUGCUCUCAGCCGAGCUGUACUGCCGGGCCUGGAGGCAGGCGCUGCCACAGCUGGAGACGCCCCCCAGCCCCUCUGCACUGCUGGCCCUGCUGGCACGGAGGGGCACGGUGCCCGCACUGCCGGAACGCCCUGUGCAGGAGGCUGACCUGCGACACCAGCCUAUCCUCAUGUCCUUGUGCCCGCAGGGAGCCCACCUAGCUGUCAUUGACGCCCUCAUGGUGGCCUUCGCCUUAGAAUGGACAAAGACGCCGCCUGGUCCUUUGGCCCUGACCAGCUUGGAGCACAAGCUCCUUUUCUGGGUGGACACGACGAUCCGGCGGCUGCAAGAGAAGACGGAGCAGGAAGCAGGCCAAAGAACAUCUCCCGCAGCCCCUGCAGACGGGGCCGCCCCAGCGCAGCCCUCGUGCCCCACCCGCUGGUACUGGAAGCUGGUUCCUCACGCAAUUGCCUUCUGUUUGAAGGAGUCGGGGAGCAAACCCCCCAUGAUCCGAUACCGCAAGGACCGUACUGUGGCCAGAUGUGCCCCCUGCUUUCCCAACGUGACUGGCCUCCAGGACCUGGCCAAUGGAGCUGCACUGGCCGCCACAAUCCACUGCUAUUGUCCCCAGCUAUUGCGACUUGAGGAGGUGUGCCUCAAGGACCCCAUGUCCGUGGCCGACAGCCUGUACAACCUGCAGCUGGUGCAGGAUUUCUGUGCCUCCCGCCUUCCUCGAGGCUGCCCGCUGUCCCUCGAGGACCUGCUUUAUGUGCCGCCGCCCCUGAAGACCAACCUGGUGGUGCUGCUGGCCGAGAUGUUCGUGUGCUUCGAGGUGCUGAAACCCGACUUCGUGCAGGGCAAGGGCCUUCCCGAUGGCCAUGCUGCCUCCCCGCAGGCCACGGAGGCCUCCACACCACAGAACAGCAGUGGCAGUAGUUCUCCUGUCUUCAACUUCCGCCACCCACUCCUGUCACCCGGCGGCCCCCGGUCCCCACUUCGAGGAUCCACAGGCUCACUGAAGUCCUCCCCAUCCAUGUCCCACAUGGAGGCCCUCAGCAAGGCCUGGAACCGGCAGCUCAGCCGCCCCCUUUCCCAGGCUGUGUCAUUCAGCACCCCCUUUGGCCUGGACAGCGAUGUGGAUGUCGUCAUGGGAGACCCUGUCUUGCUCCGCUCUGUCAGCUCGGACAGCCUGGGCCCCCCGCGCCCCCCUAUGCCGGCCCUGACCCCCGCCCACCAACCACCAGAGCCGGGCGACCUGCCUACCAUCGAGGAGGCCCUGCAGAUCAUCCACAGUGCUGAGCCCCGGCUGCUUCCAGACGGGGCUGCCGACGGCAGCUUCUACCUCCACUCACCUGAGGGGCCCUCCAAACCCCCACUGGCCUCCUCCUACCCACCCAGCAGAACACCUGUCUACUUGCCUCACCUUGAGGGCCCCUCGAAACUGUCUACCUGCCUGGCAGGGGAGGUACUGAAACCGCCAGCCCAAUCUGAGGGCUCCCCAAAGGUGGUGGCUUCCUCACCAGCUGCCGGCAACUCGGAAGUGAAGAUGACAAGCUUUGCUGAACGCAAGAAGCAGCUGGUGAAGGCCGAGGUGGAGGCUGGAGCAGGGUCCCCAGGACCUACCCCAAUGGCGCCAGAGGCCCUGAGCUCAGAGAUGAGUGAGCUUGGAGCCCGGCUGGAGGAGAAACGGCGGGCCAUCGAGGCUCAGAAGCGGCGGAUAGAGGCCAUCUUUGCCAAGCACCGCCAGCGACUGGGCAAGAGUGCUUUCCUGCAGGUGCAGCCACGGGAGGCCGGUGGGGAGGCGGAGGCAGAGGCAGAGCCUGAGCCAGCCCCUGAGCCAGCCCCUGGGGGGGAGAGGCCGUCAGGUGAGGGCCAGGGUGAGCCAUCCCCGAGGCCCAAGGCAGUGACCUUCUCACCAGAGCUGGGCCCGCUGCCUCCCGAGGGUGUGGGGGACUACAACCGGGCAGUCAGCAAGCUGAGCGCCGCACUCAGCUCCCUGCAGAGGGACAUGCAGCGGCUCACGGACCAGCAGCAACGGCUCCUAGCCCCUCCCGAGGCGCCCGGGCCCACCCCACCACCUGCUGCGUGGGUCAUCCCUGUCCCCUCGACGAGUCCCAAAGCCACAUCCACCAGCCCUGCACGGCGUGCCCCAGCUGCCCGGCGCAGCCCCGGACCAGGUCCCAGCCCAACACCCCGCAGCCCGAAGCACACGCGGCCGGCGGAGCUGCGCCUGGCACCCCUGACAAGGGUGCUCACGCCUCCCCACGAUGUAGACAGCCUGCCCCACCUGCGUAAGUUCUCGCCGAGCCAGGUGCCCGUGCAGACACGCUCCUCCAUCCUCCUGGCCGAGGGGCCACCUCCCGAGGAACCCAUGGCCAGGCCGGGCCUCAUCGAGAUCCCACUGGGUAGCCUGGAGGAGCCGUUGGCUGAGAACGAGGGAGAUGGGAGCCCCCCUGGCGCUGAUGAUUCUUUAGAGGAAGAGGCAUCUUCAGAAGGAGUUCCCCGCACCGGGCUGGGCUUCUUCUAUAAGAAUGAAGACAAGCCCGAGGAUGAGAUGGCCCAGAAGCGGGCCAGCCUGCUGGAGCGGCAGCAACGGCGGGCAGAGGAGGUGCAGCGGCGCAAACAGUGGCAGGAGGCGGAGAAAGAGCAGCGAAGGGAGGAGGCCGCACGGCUGGCCCAAGAGGAACUGGCCCCUGGCCCCCUGGCCCCCACUGCCAGGGCUCCAGCUGAAGAGGAGGUGGGCCCUCGGCGGGGGGAGUUCACACGGCUCGAGUAUGAGCGCCGAGCCCAGCUGAAGCUGAUGGACGACCUGGACAAGGUGCUGCGGCCUCGGUCCUUGGGGACCGGAGGGCCUGGCCGGGGUGGACGGAGGGCCCCCAGGCCGCGUUCUGGUUGCUGUGACGACUCGGCCCUGGCUCGAAGCCCAGCCCGUGGCCUGCUUGGUUCUCGGCUCAGCAAGGUCUACUCCCAGUCCACCCUCUCACUGUCGACCGUGGCCAACGAGUCCCCCAAUCACCUUGGUGUGAAGAGGCCCACGUCUCGGGCUCCGUCCCCAUCAGGCCUCAUGUCCCCCAGCCGCCUGCCUGGCAGCCGUGAGCGUGACUGGGAGAAUGGCAGCAACGCCUCCUCCCCUGCUUCAGUGCCCGAGUACACAGGUCCUCGGCUGUACAAGGAGCCCAGCGCCAAAUCCAACAAGUUCAUCAUCCACAACGCCCUGUCACACUGCUGCCUGGCAGGCAAGGUGAACGAGCCGCAGAAGAACCGCAUUCUCGAGGAAAUUGAGAAGAGCAAGGCCAACCACUUCCUGAUCCUCUUCCGGGACUCGAGCUGCCAGUUCCGGGCCCUCUACACACUGUCAGGGGAGACGGAGGAGCUGUCUAGGCUGGCAGGUUACGGCCCCCGCACGGUCACGCCCGCCAUGGUCGAGGGCAUCUACAAGUACAACUCUGACCGCAAGCGCUUCACCCAGAUCCCCGCCAAGACCAUGUCCAUGAGCGUGGAUGCCUUCACCAUCCAGGGACACCUCUGGCAAAGCAAGAAGCCCACCACCCCCAAGAAGGGGGGCAGCACCCCCAAAUAGCCCCACCCUGGGUGGUGCGUGCCCACCACCCUCUCGGAGGACAACCUAAAGGACACCAGUGGGUAUUCCUGGGUCCUGUCUGUCCCCAACCUUGUCUGGGGCGGGGGACCGCAGUCCCCACCCUCUGACUUUCGUCUGAUCCUGCUGUAGGGGCUGAGCUGGGAGGUUCAGGGACUCAGGGCUCAGCUCGGCCCCCUGUCUGUCCUCCCUUCCUCCUUGAAUAAAGUCACUGAAAGAGC